UUUACGAGCACAGAGGCGGCAGCGAUAGCAGGGCGGAAGUCGCGAACUCAGAUGAAGAUGUGCCGCCGCGGGAAUCGGUUGUGCCUGGCUUCGGUGCUGCUGGUAUUUGCGCUGGUGCCAGUAGCUUCUCCACAAGAGAAGAAUGACACGAAAACACUGGUGUCGCAGCCAGAGGACAAGGCGUACCAGCGCUGCCUGACGGCGUCUGGACAGGAGGGCCACUGCCGCUCGCUGCAGUACUGCCUGCCGUCCGACUUCCGCAGGACCUUCACCAGGCUGCUCGACUCCAUGUGCAUCAUCAACAGGGCUUUUGUAGGCAUCUGCUGCCCGGACAAACCCACCGCCGAGGACGGCCCCGUGCUGCCAGGGGACGGGUCCCCGCCGUCACUGGAAGAAAUCGUCUCGAGGCUCAACAACCCAACUUGCGGCAAGACGGAGCAGGGCGAGUGGCGAUGGAUGGUGGCGCUGAUCCGCUACGGCGAGGAGCACUUCUGCGGCGGCGCGCUCAUCUCGGAGACGCACGUGCUCACCGCCGCGCACUGCAUCGAGCCGCAUAAACUGACCGACAUCACAGUACGCUUGGGAGAGUACGACCUGGACCGGCGCGACGAGACCCGUGCCGUCGACCUCCGCGUCGUAGAGGCCACGAUGCACCCGCGCUACGACCGCUCCACCUACGAGAACGACGUCGCGGUUCUGCGCCUGCGCCGCAGAGCUGCCUUCAACUCCUACGUCAUGCCCGUCUGUCUGCCGGCCAUCGAUGAGGGCUUCGUCAACAGGACAGCCUACGUCACUGGCUGGGGCUCCAUCCAGUUCGGCGGCCCCGGCAGCCCGGUGCUCCGGCAGGUGGGAAUCCCCGUGUGGCCGCACCAGCGUUGCGAGCCACUCUUCUCGCAGCCCAUCCUCGACACACACCUCUGCGCAGGCGCAUACGAGGGCGGCAAGGACUCCUGCCAGGGUGACUCUGGCGGCCCCCUGGUGAUCCAAGAGGAGGAUGGUCGCUGGGUGGCGGUGGGCGUUGUCUCCUGGGGCAUCGGCUGCGGCAACAAGGACAGCCCCGGCAUCUACACACGCGUCUCCAAGUUCCUGCCCUGGAUAGCCAAGACCAUGGCAUAGGCCAGCUGGGCUACAGGCUGCCAGUUGGUUGCCAACGUACUAAUGCCUUGAAAUGUGCUGCUGGUCAAUUGUAGAUGUACAGAUUUUUAACUUUCCGUCAUUAAUCUAUGUCAUUUACGGUUUUAUCACAAGUUCUUCAUACCGUAUAGCUUGGUGAGAGUAGGGUGCCUGCGACUGGGAGGGAGAGGGAAUUAUUUUAUAUUUACAGAAACGCGAGGGUAUCGGUACAAAGCAUCUCUUGCAUUUUAUGACAAUAAAGUUUUAACCUGUAAAAUGAGAUAACGUCGUGCAGCCAGUUCUUAAGAAGUCUGAAUGUGACUUUGCCGCGUUCAAGAUUGUUUGUGAGGUACCUGGUACCUGUUGCCGGCUACAGGUAUUUUGGCGACCUGAGCGGGUAAUAUAUUUGGUGAGUUCCUCCCUCCUUCUGGGCGCUUAUUCGUAUUAUUUCUAUUCCAACAAAAUAAAAAUUGGUGGGUGACUAAUAAAACAGUAACAAUGCGUCAGAAAUCCUAUAGCAAAAUAAUGCGAGAUUCUAUUAAUAUUGCAAAUCAACAAAGUAUCUGAAAUAGGAAGAUUUGAAAAAGGACACUUACAUUUACUAGGUCUCAAUUACUGUGUUCAAGUACAAUAAUUAAAUAAAGCCCCUAAUUCCCUGUUUGUGCCAGCCAAACUGAAUUGUAGAUAGUGAAAGUUUCUUUGAGAAUGUGUUCUUAUAUCAUAUAACAUUCAGAACAAUUUUGAAUCUGGGGGAAAAAGUUAGUCAGCGCCCUCAAGUGAAAUUCAGCCCUUAAAUUUGGAUACAAGACGCAGACACAGUAAAAUCCAAUCCUCCUACGCUGCAAAAAUAGUAGCAAUCAUCAUAUAAUUACUAAUUAAACUAACGAGAGCCAAUGAACAUCUGUAGUAAAGCAAAGGAUUGAGAGUUUUAAACUACAGUAAACUAUUAGGAAUGGUAAACAAUAAUAAAAUCCUUGUAAUAUAUAGCAUUUUUAAUCUCCAUGCGGAUAAACUAGCAACUGAGAUCGCACUUGGCGAGUUCUUGGGUGGUCAAAAUAGCAAUGCUGAUCAGGAGGAAAAAUCACUAACAACGCGAGCAAACGUGUACCCAUUUAGUGUAAUUUGCAAAGUAUUUGCCCAGAUUUUUGUCGUCGCUAAUUUCCCACACUCUAGCGGCCACCUGGUUCGCCACUUCGGUAGAACAAAUGCUACUUUCACCUAAGCUGUGUAAUAGUCUUGCACAGCUUACCAGUACUUAUUUUUCUCCGUAGCUGGAUUUAUAAAUGUGUUAGAUGGAACAACGGAAAAAUGAAAGAUAUCUUUUUCAGCAUUUUAUUAUUGUUGAAAUAAACCAACAAUGG